AUGCAUCAGCGACAAGCACGAAUCCAACUGCUGAUGCUAUCUGUGAACGGAUGCAUCAGACUGUUGGCAACAUUCUACGAACAAGAUGCUAACAUGGCCCCAAACAUUCAGACAUCUAAUCAAGCCAUCGAUGAUGCUCUUGCAGCAUGCAAUCAUGCUAUGCGACGUGCUGUUUCUCAGUCUUUGAAAAACAACACUCCAGGCAAAGUCGUGGUUGCUUGUGAUAUGUUGCUCAACAUUCCUGUCAUUGUCGAUCUUUUGAGUAUGCAAGAAAAGCGACAAUUGAUGGUCAACGAAAAUCUACAGCAACAAAAUGCCAAGCAAAAGGAGUUUGAUUACAACGUUGGUGGCGAAGUUUUGAUCAAGAAUUUCAAUCCAAGUAAAUUGGAUCCAAAGUUGGGGUUAGGGUAG